UCAUCUCUGAAAUGAAGUUUUACCGAAAUGUUGUAUUUAUUUGAUUGAUAUUUGGUUCAUAAAGGAAAGGCAGUAUAUCUUUUGUGAAUUUUGUGAAUGUGUGUGAUGCAUUUAUGAAAGUAUUUUAUGUUUAUCUAUCGGCCUUUGACAGUGUUUAACUUCAAACUUCUGUAUACGAGGUAUACUGUUUAGGGCUUCUCUAAACUUAUUCAACUGUUUAUGCAUUUUUAAAUUUCAGGAUUUGAACUACGCAUAUUGAAAUGUGGGGUCAAAAUCAAGGAAAUCAGUGGCCCUCCGGCUGCGGGUCUCGACCGACCUGCCCUCCUCAACCAUGUCCUCCUCAACCAUGCCCUCCUCAACCCUCCUGCUGCCAGCAGGGGUGCCAACAUGGAGGCCAUGGAGGGGGGUCUUGUGGAGGGCACGGGCAUGACCAUGGUCAUGGUGGCCAUGGACAUGGACAUGACCAUGGUCAUGGUGGCCAUGGUCAUGGACACGACCAUGGACAUGGAGGGGAUGGUUGUGGCGGGCGUGGCGGGCAUGGGCGUGGCGGGCAUGGGCGUGGCGGGCAUGGUCAUGGACACGGCCAUGGUCACGGGCACGGACACGGACACGGACACGGUCAUGGGCAUGGGGGCCGUCACAAGCAUAAGUUUGGUCACAACCACUCCAAUUGCCACAAGAAAGGAAGAAAAAGUCACGAUUCUUCCAGUAGCUCCUGCAGCAGCGAUUCUGACUAGAUCCUCAGAGAAGGCAGCACGAGGCUCACCAACCUCUGGUCCUUCAACACACUGCCUGUCGCUGUCAUGGUUGUUGGUUGUGUCAUCAAAACCAACUCAUUUAAAAUACGUUCUGUAAUAAAUUAACACAAAAUUUUAUUUGGAAAUCUCAAAUAUUCAAAAAUCUGAAAAUAAUAUGGAAUGUGGUUUGAUGAAUGCUGAAACAUGCAAGCUAUCUUGGAUUGGAUUUUCUUGUGUGUGGGGUGUUUAACAAUAAAAUAAGAAUUACCAGUUAAAAAAA